GCUAACACCGGCGGCUCGCUGUUCGGCAACAACCAGAACAACACCGGAUCACUGUUUGGUAAUAACAACCAGAACCAACAGAACCAAGGCGGCUCUCUGUUCGGCAGCACCAAUCAGCAGCAACAACCGCAGCAGAACCAGCUACAUACCUCGCUCACGGAGCAGCCGUACGGAAAUGGCCAGCUCUUUGCCUCGCUGGCCUCACCAUCACCUCCGGUCGGCCCCCUCGCUACGCCGCUCAAUGGUGCCAAGCCUGCGCCUCGCAAGACUCCAAGCUUGAUGGCUAGCAUGAGGCUGAACUCUCCAGCGUACACGCCACGAGGCGGCUCACUCGGUAGGAACGGUGGGUACGGCUUCUCGUACUCGACGUACGGCACUCCUGGCUCCGCCUUCUCAGGUAGCUUAACGCCUGGCGCUAGUAGCAUGCUCAGGCCUUCCAGCAGCUUCGGCAGUACGCUGGGCAGCCGUCUUAACAAGAGCAUUAGUAUGGGCAACUUGCGUGGAGACGGUACGCCGGGAGAGGGGCGCAGUCUGCUGCGUGAGAGUGCGCUGUCGCCGCCUGGCAGCGCUGUGGGCCGGUAUGGGGACGGCAGCGUACGGAAGUUGAAUAUCGAUCGGAGUUUGAGGACCGAUCUGUUCGGUACGCGCAAUACGGAGUCUGAGCAGAGUGGUAAGAGGGUCAACUUCAAUGGUACGGCGGAGACUCCUGAGGAGAUUCCGCGUGAACCGCAGCCGAGCCGGGAGAAUGCGCUGGUGCGGACGGAGACUGACGACACGCCGGAGCGUGAAGAGCCGCCUGCGCUUAUGAAGGCGCCUCCGCAGCCUAGCGGACCUUCUCGUCAACCGGAGAUGUCGCAAAUCAAUGGGACCAACGGCGCUCUUUCAACAGUACCAGAAGAUGGCGUGCCGCAGCGUCCAGGCUCCGCACCCGCUACCCAAUCAAAGGGUGCGCCGAAGUCUGGGUUCCAGAAAGAGGUAGUCGGCGAGUACUGGACUCAGCCGGCAUUGCGCGAUCUGAAGAAUAUGUCGCGCCAGCAGCUGCAAAAGGUUGGCAAGUUCGUCGUAGGCCGCCAUGGUGUCGGCCGUAUCGAAUUCGGUCCGUGCGACCUCAGCAAUACGCCGCUUGACGAUAUCUGCGGCGAAAUCGUCCGCUUGAACCCACGCUCUGCGACAGUAUAUCAAGAUGACGUCAACAAGCCGGCCAUGGGUAAGGCGCUCAACGUGCCGAGCACGAUCUAUCUAGAGAACUCCUGGCCGAGAUCGCACGGUGGCCGCAAAGCGGUGCAUGCGACGGAGGGUAGAGAGUACGACAAGCAUAUUGCCCGGCUCAAGAGGGUCAGUGGUACGAAGUUCGUCAGUUACGACGCGAAGACUGGAGUGUGGCAAUUCACGGUCGAGCACUUUACCACGUACGGUCUGGAUGAUGACGACGAAGACGACGAAGAGUUCACCGAGCAGGCUGAGUCUUCUGGGCUGAGCGAUGCGCCUGAGACGCCGGAGCAGCAGGGACAGGAGGAUGUGACGAUGCAGAAUAUGGAGACUUCGUUCCGGUCUUCCGAUCCCGUGCAAGCCCCAUCUCCUGGAGCUAUCGAGCGCUAUCACUCUAGCCUGAUAGAGGAUGACGCGGAGCGCGACCAACCUGAUGACAUCCGGGAGUCAGCGCAGCAAACGAUGGCUGCAUCUGGCAUGCCCGGCGCCUUCGCCCCAGAGCCGAAGCUACUCCGCUCAAUCCUCAAGCCCAGCACCAACGCUUUCGCAUCACCGGAUAGGCUCGCAACCGAGACAUGGGAAGAGCAGCUUCAGCGCACCAUCAGUCCAAGGAAGCGCGAUCGUGCGGCGUUGAGGCAAAUGCAGCAGAGCCUUAUGAGAGCUCUUGACGACCAGCCCGCGGGUGGCAUGGAAAGCCCGCUCAAGCAGAGUUUGCUUGGCCGCAGCACGUUUGGGGAGAGCUAUUUGGCGCAGAAGAGCGCGAAGAAGGCCAAGUUUGGACCAACGGUGGUGGAAGAGGAGGAUCUGGGCAAGAGUCAGGCUUUCAAGACGAGUAUGGAUAUUAUGAAGAGUUUGUGGGCGGAGGAUAAGUCGGCGAGGAAGGGGAAGCGAGGUUUUGAGUACCCAUAUUCGAAGAAACCACGCCUGUCAACUACAAAUGACCAGGACAAAGACGAUGCCGCUUUCCACGAUAGCUUUAAGCCUUCGUUCGCCGGUGACGGCACACUUGUCUACUCGGCCGCUGGAUCCGCUCCGGCUGUAUCUGGUGAGCUGCAGCCAAGCAAGCAGCCUGUCGUUGGCGAGCACCAAGAUGUCCGCUUUGCUCGAUUCGCACCUUCUGCGGAGUUGGUGGAUAGAGCUGCGAAGGCCAUCAUUGAGACGCAGAUGGAGUACACCAUUGUGGAAGGCAAGGAUGGACGUAUGCCAAUGGCGCGGACGAGCGAAGAUAUCACAUUUGCAAUCAUGGCGAAAGCCGCACCUGUUGGGAAGUCGCUCCCGGAACAGCAAGAGCGGGCAAUAUGGCAGCUAAGCAGCGUACUGUUCGACCCGCUCGAGGUGGCAUGUGCUGACUUCAUAAAUGACGUUCCCAAGGAGCAAGCGGAGGCCUUCGCGGAGCGGAUGAGGAGAGACGCUUUUGUAACGCUAUGGUCUCAGCUUGUUGCGCCAACGGUGGAGCAGCAGCUGAGGCGUGCGAAGAGUGCCGAGGAGAAGGCGCUCCUGCUACUCACUAAGAACGACAUUGCUGGUGCCUGCGAGGCACUUGUCGGUGCUCGAGACUUCCGCCUUGCGUCUCUGAUCGCGCAGUUACCCGGCUCGAAGAUGAUGCGAGAGACGAUGCGCACGCAGAUCGAGGCUUGGCAGAGGCGGAAGGACUGGAGUGAGAUGAGCGAUGCGAUCCGCACUCUUUACUCCGUCCUAGCGGGCAGCGUUUGCACAGUCACUGGCCAAGCGGGGGCGGCAGAGGACAGGGCGAGCGAGUUCUGUAUCUCGGAGAAGUUCGGGCUUGACUGGAAGCAGAGCUUGGCUUUGCAGGUGCUACAUGGCGGGCACGGGAGGCUAGUGGGGGCGAUCAACGCAUAUGAGCAGGACGUCGAGAAGGGCAGGCAAUCUGUGAAGCCGAGCAGCGCAUGGGCGCCUGAAAGGCAUGACAGGAACUCUACGGAGGAUACACUUAUGCUCCUGUGCCGACUUUUCGCACACGGCUCGGCAGCCACUGGGCUUGAUGCGUUGUGCGAACCCACGGCCGUUUCUGGCAGCGCGCUCAGCUCUCGCGUCGCAUGGCAGCUUGGAAGUCUACUGGCGAAGAAAGUCGGCCCCAUGCAGGAGGACAAGAGCGCGCAGUUGGCGAUCGACUUCGCUUCUCAGCUCGAGAGUGCUCGGAAAGUACCAGAAGCGGCAUGGGUGCUCCUCCACCUGCACAAAGACCCUGAUCGUAUUCGUGCCGUCACGGCACUUAUGCAGCGCAACGCAGGCCAGAUAACAGAUCCGGACCUCGCCAACCAGGACGGCAACUUCGAGAUCAUGACUCAGAAGUGGUCCAUUCCGCGCUCGAUCGUCCUAGCAGCCAAGGCUCUGCAUGCUAAAGCCGCCAGCGAUUCCUGGCUACAAAUCCGCUACUUACUCAAUGGCGGUCACAUCGCAGAGGCGCAUCAAGUUCUCUGUGACGACGUGGCCCCAACGGCUGUAAUCGAACAAGACUUCGCUGAUUUGGUUGUACUGAUGGGCAAGUUUCCCCCGCAGAAACCCGUCGGCUGGAAGUCAGGAGGCCUGGUGUACGACGCUUUCACGCGGUUGAUGAAUAUGGAUUGGUAAGGACGUUAGAGCAGAGUGUGGCGGUGAUCGAGAUGAAGAGGAUUGCUGACGAGGUUGCGAGGGAGCAGGGUGAGGAGAAUGAGGUGCGUGGAAAGGGUCAGAAGCAGCAAGACACUCAAGACAGCAUGCUUGCUGCUACGCAUAUGUGGGAGGGCU